AUGGCAACGAAUGAGGCAGAGGUGAUGAAUCCAGAUACGCAAAGUUUCACUGCAGCAGAUUUUCAGAACUUUGCAAAGAUGAUGGCCCAAGCCACUUCUAGAUCUAACACCAACCUUCUUCAAGAUCCUUCAAGUUGUUACUACCUUCACCCAAGUGAGACACCUGGAAUCGCUCUCACAACCACUCCACUUACCACAUUGAAUUACCAUACUUGGUCCAGAUCUGUGUGGAUCUGUUUAAAAUCGAAGAAUAAAAUUAGAUUCAUUGAUGGCACGUUACUCAAACCAGCUCCAACGGAUGAUUCGUAUGAUGCUUGGGACCGUUGCAACACGUUUGUGCUAUCGUGGCUACAUGGAUCAUUGAAUCCAGAAAUUUUGCAGAGUGUACUGUGGUGCGACAAUGCACACGAACUGUGGAAGGACCUCAAACAUCGAUUUUAUGAGGGUGAUCUAUUUCGGAUUGCUGAGCUUGAGGAAGAUCUGUUCAGCACAAAGCAAGUGUUGCUUAAGCGCCUUCCAGAUGUGAAUACUGUUUUUUCUCUCCUUCUUCAACAAGAGAGACAAAUGAUGCAUCUCAUUGAACCAGAUUCUAGAAUGUUAGUGAAUGCUGUUUACACUAAAUCUAUAGGUGAAAAAGAGUCAUACCAGAUUAGCCAAGGCAGUGUCAAAUUUGUUAAUACUGGAGGUGAAAAAGGCCAAUUUGGGGCCAAUAAUGUCAGAGGAAGAGGAAGAGGGCGUGGUAAAGGUGGAAAAGGUACUACUAGAGGAACUCCCAAACUUUGCUCUUAUUAUGGAAAACAAAGUCACUUGGUGGAUACAUGUUACCAGAAGCAUGGCUUUCCACCACAUCUGCAACCAAAUCACUCUAAUGGAGUACCUCUUUCAGCUAAUUCUGUGAACUCAAUGGUAGUUGUAAGUAAUGCAGAAUGCAACCCCAGAGUUAUCCAAAAUGAAAGCAAGAUCAGUUUGGAUGGGAUAUUCUCGGAUAGACAGAAAGAAGCACUUAUUGCACUAUUCCAGUAA